AUGUGUUUCGUUUAUGAAAACAGUUAUUAUAAAUAUACAAUUAAUGGAACAACUAUCAAAGCGUAUAGUUCGACUGAUGAUACAUGUGGUAAUUGGAAAGAAACUACCUACAUGUUGUCAAAUGAUAUUAAAAUUGUUGAUGAAAUCCCAACUCAUAUAUUAGAAUUAAACAAUUAUUUCAAUAAUAAAAACUGCAUUUUGCCAUAUAAAGAGGCUUUACCUACAUUGACCGUGUACCCAAAUGGUUGUACCAAACUUUCUGAAACGUCAAGUCGUAAAGUCGAUGUUACUGAUGUCAAGGCGACUUUAACAGAAUACGAGACUGCUGAUUGCACUGGAGAAGGAACUGAAAAUUCUUAUGAUAUUGAUAAAUGUCUUAAUGAUAAAGAUAUACGUUUCAGUCGUUAUACCAAAUACACUGAUGGAACUGGUGUUAUAUUUGUUAUGAUGGUUAUGGCAUUGGCUUUUGUGUUGUAA